AUGCACACGUUGUCAGGUAAAACGCGAACAAAGGAUAAGUACCGCGUGGUCUACACAGAUCAUCAAAGACUAGAGCUGGAAAAGGAGUUCACCUUCGUAAACAAAUACAUCACAAUCCGUCGCAAGUCAGAAUUGGCAGCAACUCUGGGUCUAUCUGAGCGACAGGUUAAAAUAUGGUUCCAGAACCGCCGAGCAAAAGAGCGCAAACAAACUAAGAAACGAAUCGAAGAAAAAACCCAUCUGGAUAUCUACAAUAAUCUCGCGCCCACACUACAACCUCAAGAUCCUAUCGAUCAUAAUUCGGUUAUAUCAAAUAUACCUCAAUCAAGUCACAUGAUGCAGAGGUUUCUCCACGAAGAGGAAAUGAAAUCUGAGUCCAAUUAA